CGCCACCAUCACACAGCACAAAAAGCGAGAAAAGUGAAGCAAAGCAACAAAGAAGCGAUUAGCCGUGACAUCACAGCGAGCCUCCCGUGCUACGAGCCUCCGUCCAUCUCCAGUUCUCCACAUCACCCGAGCACGUAAGAUUCGAUGGCAGCCACGGUGAUGAUGGCCUCCAUGAGCUCCCUCGCCUUCGCCACCGCGGGCGCGCGUGCCGGCGUCCUCCCCGUCCCCGUCCCGGCGGCCGCGCUCGCGCCGCGCCGACGCGCCAUGGUCGUCAGGGCCCAGGCCGAGGAUGCUAGGCCAACAACGGAGGAGACAACCGCGGCGUCCUCCUCCUCGCCUUCUCCGGCGCCCUCCACUCCCCUGACGGCGAAGCCAAAGGCGGCGAGCCCCGGGCUGUGGGACGCUCUGGCGUUCAGCGGGCCGGCCCCCGAGCGCAUCAACGGGCGCCUCGCCAUGGUGGGCUUCGUGUCCGCGCUCGCCGUGGAGGCGUCCCGCGGCGGGGGCCUCCUCUCGCAGGCGGGCAGCGGGACCGGGCUGGCCUGGUUCGCGGCCACGGCUGCCGUGCUCUCCGUGGCGUCGCUGGUGCCGGUCCUCAGGGGGGAGAGCGCCGAGGGCCGGAGCGGCGGCGUCAUGAGCGCCGACGCCGAGCUCUGGAACGGGCGCUUCGCCAUGCUGGGGCUCGUCGCGCUCGCCGUCACCGAGUACAUCACCGGCGCGCCCUUCGUCAACGUGUAAAUGCGGCCAACAUUAUUGUACGGGCACGUAGCUGUGUAGUAGAGGAGGUAGUGUAAGCAUUGGCUAGGACACUCUGGGAAGGACUCGUUUGUAAAACUCUUCCGUUAAACGGUCAUGUAAAAUUGUUGAUUUGAAAUGACUUUCUUUGCAACA